CUCAGCAGCUAAAGAGAUGAGGCAGCUAGUUCGGGCUGGGGGGUUGUUAUUGUCCUGUCGUGUGCUCCCAAGUCACAGGUAGGGUCACGUACAUCAGUACUUAGUAGGAUCCACUAAGAGUAAGGAAGUGAAAGGAAGGAAGGAACAUUUACAAUCGUCAGGUUACCAGCCUGGUUUCAUCUGGAGCCUUUUGAAAUCAGUUUAUGGCCAGUCAGGAUUGACGUGGAUUCAUCAUGGUUUUUAGACUUCAUACGAAUUCUGUUGCCUUUGCCGUGACGGUCUUUGGUAACAAGCUCACAUCCUCUGUGUUUCAGUUCUAUUACGUCAAGUUAUUUUUGACUCGUUAUCACAUUUCCGAGUCUUGGUUUUCAGCAGCUCAGGUUGUUUACCUCAUCUGGAACGCCACCAAUGAUCCCCUCUUUGCGUAUUGGCAAGAUAAUUCCCAAAUCAAGGCAUUCCGUAGUCGAAGACAUUCCAUCUUAUACGGAGCUCCACUUUUCAGUCUCUGUUUUUUGUUGCCCUGGUUUCCAUGGGGUGAUUACGACACCUACGGCUGGCUGGCUGGAAUACAUUUAAUGAUAACUCUCUGUUGCUAUGAUACUUUGUUAACUUUUGUUUUACUCGCACACUGUGCAAUGUUUGCCGAGAUUUCAAACGUGCACGAGGACAGACUGCGUCUCACGAAGUAUUGCCAGGUGGCGUCCAUUUUGGGCGCAACGAGUGUCUUUGGUGCUGAGUUCAUAUCCUCAAGUUUGGAGAAUUUCAGGGCCUUUCAGAUGUUCUGUGUCUUUUUGGCGUUGGUGAGUUGGCUUGCCAUGCAUUACACAGGCCGCAAUGUGGUCACAAUGUACGAUGGUGGGCACCUUGUGGAGCCGUUAUUCAAACAGGAAGAAUCAUCAGGACAGCCAUCUUCAAGGCUACUAGCGUGGACUCAAUUCAAGCAAAUCGUCACUGAAAAGAAUUUUCUGCGCUUUGUGACGAUGAACUUCUGUCAGAUACUUCACUGUACGUAUGAGGCCAAUUUCUUGUCUAUCUUCGCUGAUCAGCUCAUCCCAUCCACUGAUAUCACUCCUCUUGCAAGAAGAAUGCUUUACGGCUCGGCAUUUAUUCUACCUCAGGUUUUGGUUCUUGUGUUGGGUCCAGUGGCUGGAAAGUUCGGCUACUACAAAGUCUUAUUGUAUUCCUUCGUUAUCAAGGUCAUUAGUGGUGUGACCAUGUACGCCAUUGGACAAACUCACACCUGGGUUCUGACAAUUUUCUUUUUGAUUGACAUGUCUGGUCCCGCUGCCAUGUUUUCCUUUUUUAAUCUUCCUCUCUCUGACAUUAUUGAUCAUGAUAAAGAGAAAUACAGUCGAAGAACUCCAAUUUCAUCCAGUGUGUUUGGUUACAAUGCCUUGUUCACGAAGGCUGCAAACUCCUUUGCUCCAAUGAUCAUCCUGAACAUAUUGAAUCGUCACAGCUACCAGACAUUACAACUGGAGGAAAAUGCCAACAACGCAGACAUAGCUGUCCCUCUUGCAGAUCUUCAGUCAGCCAUGUUUACUGUGUCAUGUUUUAUUCCUGUUUUAAUUGGCUGUCUGCAGAUUCUAGUGUGGUAUCCAUAUACCAUUCGCAAUAGUCAUAUCAUUGCACCAAAACAUAUUGAGCAAUAAUUCUAGUAAUAAACCACAAAGGAAACUGACUGGGUAAAUUUGUAAAAUGAGUUUGGGUUGAACAAAGCAAAAUUGACUAAAGCAGGAUUUAAACCUGCCACAUCCGGAUUAGCGUGCCGGUGCUCUACCAACUGAUCUAUCCCUAUGUCAGUGGUCUCCCUAUUUUGUCAAUAUCUAGAUUGAUGAAAUAAAAAGUUGCAUCCCCUGGCUGCCACCUCCCAGGUUUGUAUCGUAACUUCGUUGUGAUCCCUGGCUAUACAGCGGUUACUGGUUAUAUGGCUUCUGAUUGGCACCGCUAACAAAGAUCAUGACACAAUAGGGAGACCGCCAACAUAGGGCUAUAUAGCUCAGCUGGUAUACAAAUAUUGACUGCUUUGAGUGCU